AUGAGUCAACUAAAUAAACUUAAAGUCAGAAACUUAACUGAACUUCAGGCGCCAUUAGCAUUAGCAGUCGAAAUAACAGAAAAGCAAGUUAACGGAAAAGCGCCGACAAAAAGGAUAAGAAAAGCUGUUUCGGGAAAUAAAAAAACGCUUAGUAAGUGCAAAAAACUGAGCAUUUUAAAAGAUCAGUCAUCUAAUCAAAGGCGUAUUAUCGACUAUUUCAAAAGUUGUCCUAAGAAAUGUUGCUUUGAAGAAAUAAAGUCAACAGCAACAAGCGAAACAAUUAUAAAAUCGAAAUUAAGAAGAGGGGAUCGCAAACGUUUACUUUGGGCCGAAAAAAUUCCGGCGUAUAAGGUUGACAAAGAUAUUAUACUUAUUGAUUCGGAUGACGAAAAAGAGUUAAAAGAAGACAUUAGAAAGAUUGACUUAAAAGACCUGAAUAACAAUGGAAAUGAAGCUACCAGCUCCAAAAGCGCUAGCAAAUCUGGUAAUUUUAGUAAUCAAACCUCUCUUAAACCAAAUGUAGCGGUUAAAUCAAAAAACUGCAAGCAACACAUCAAAGUAAAAGAAAUUCCAAAUCCUCUUGUGGACCAAAAUGGAUCGAUUUUUAAUGCGCACCUUUUAACUGCUCAAGAAAUAAGUUCGCGUAAAUCAAGCAUUGGUGAUGGAUUACACGGAUUAUCCCCCACAUAUACUUCUAUACCAUUGCUCAGUGAUAAGACGAGCAAACAAUCUCUGAGCACCUUAACAAAAAGUUUUUCAUCCAAGUCGUCUCAAAAAUUGAAAGUCUGUCCUCCAUAUAAAAUAGUUAAGGGCACAAGUUUUGCGGUGGAUGCAUUUCAAUAUGGCGCUAUUGAUGGUGUCAGUCAUUACUUUUUAACACAUUUCCAUGCCGAUCAUUAUAUCGGAUUGACACGCAAAUUUUCGAUGCCUAUCUAUAUGAGCAGUUUAACAGCUCGACUGGUGCGUGCUUUUAUAUCAGUCCAGGAACAUUUUUUACACAUUUUAGAGUUAAAUGAGAAAGUGCAGAUUAAUGAUUGGGAGAUAACCGCUUUAGAUGCAAAUCAUUGUCCCGGUGCUAUAAUGCUGUUUUUUAAAAAUUCGCUUUCGGGGAAAUGUCUUGUGCACACUGGUGAUUUUCGUGCUUGUCAUCAAAUGGAAUCUGAACCGAUUUUCUGGAAUAAUGUAGAUAUCGAUGCGCUUUACCUGGACACAACUUAUAUAGCAGAGAAAUAUGCGUUUUGUACGCAAUACGAAAGCAUAACGCAAGGGAAGGAACUGAUAAAAAAAUUCCAAGAAAAUCAUCCCAAUAAAAAAAUUUUAUACGUCUGUGGGUCAUAUCUAGUAGGUAAAGAGAAAUUUUGGUCCGCUUUAGCCGAGGAAUAUGACUUAAAAGUAUGGUCGGAAAAAAAUCGACGGAAAGCUUUAGAGGCCAUGAAUGAAGAACACCUCAUGAGAUUGCUAGUAGACGAUCCUUAUCAAGCUAAUAUGCAUAUAGUAGCUAUGGUUAAAUUAAGUUACCUGAACUUAGCGGAGUAUUUCGCUUCCUAUGAAACGCAUUUUGAUAUGAUUUUAGCUAUACGUCCUAGCGGGUGGGAAAAAAACAGCCGACCACAGUAUCGUGGAAAAAUCAAUAUUGUGGGCGUUGAGUAUUCCGAGCAUUCUAGUUUUGAGGAAUUAAAACGUUUUGUAAAGUACUUGAAACCAAGUCAAGUCAUCAGUACUGUGGCUGUGGGAAGAGAUCCCUUGAUUACUGCUGACGUGCCUCAAAACUGGUAUAAAUAUGAAGAGUUAAAAAAUUCGCGCAGUUAUCAACCUUUUAUUACCACCUACAUGAGUAUAGCUAAACCACAACUCCGAUUACCUGCAAUGGGAAAGUUUAUAUCGCCUUUAAAUAAGACGAAGCAAGUACGCUCGAAAUCAUUGACUGAGGAAUCAUCAUUUGCCAAAGAAAACAUUUCAAAGCGAUGUGGAAUUGAUAAGACUUCUAAUGUUCAGGAGGUUUUAGCAUGUGGUACAUUGGGGACGGAUUCAAAUAUAAAAAGAACUGGCAAUCAAGCAACUCAUGAAAAAACUAAUUUUUCAGAAAACAAUGCGCUAAAAUUGUCCACAAUUGAACGAGUAGGAACAUCAAAAAGAGUUGGCAGUUACCUCAAACGUAGGGAAAUCGAUUCGAAAUCAUUUAUUACCAAAGAAAACAUCUUAAAACAAGAAGAAAUAAAAAAGAAGUCUUCCAAUGUUCAAAAACUUCCAAAAUGUGGGAUUUUUAAAAUGGAUCCGACCUCAAACCAAUCCAAUAGUCAAACAACUGUUGAAACAAUCAGUAAAUUUCCACCGGAGAGUAGAAAAAGAAAUCUUCCAAAAUUAACUAAUAAUUCUUGUAAAUAUAAACAAGCAUAUUCGCAAUCGUCAGCGACCGAGAAAAGCAUGUCAAAACAAGCGAAAAUUUUUAAGUCUACCCAUGUUCAAAAAAUACCCAAAAAUAAAAUUUGUAGAUCGAAAUCCGCAAGUAACUUCGGCAUUCGUAUGGCUGAGAAAAGUAAAGAGCGGGAUGCCCUAAAUCUAUAUAAAAUUGGAGGACUGAAAACGUCAACACAAAAUGAUAGCUCCUCCGAGCGAAGUAAAAACUUUCCGAACGGCAGACACUACAUAAAAAUCAGAUAUGGGGAAGAAACAAUAGAAAACCGGAAACCAGAACUCUCUAGCCGAGGGAAAAUAAUUUCUGAGCAAGAUAAGUUUCAGGUAAGCUUAUCUAGCGAGGAAAUAUCCGUGUCUCAAAAACGUCUUUUGAGUAACAAUGAAAAGCAAAACUCAUUGCUUUCGAAAACGAAAUUGUCUACCACAAUAGUAUCCACAACUCAAUCUCUUCAAUGGACAGAACAAGUUCAGCUUGAUUUAACAAAUGGAGCUUCUAAACCAUUGUCCGAUUGUCUAGUGACUCCUGACGAUUGUGAAUAUGAUUGGAUGGAUUGAGGCGCCAGUUUUUUUUUUAAUAUUGUAUUCUUAAUGCGUAACAUGUUAAAGUGGUCUCUCUGUGAUAGAGUUGGUAAAAUUUUAAAGACUUGAGUACAAACAUGUGCAUUUGUUCGUAUAAAACGGGAUAAAACUCCUUAUUUUAUGUAUUGUAAACUCCUGUUAUGUUUUUAAGUAAAGAAGUAUUUAUUGUUUUGUUAACUUGUAUUUAAUAAGUACAAUGUAUUUUUUUAAAAAUUUUUAUAUUUCCAUUUCCAUUAUAGCUAACAAAUAUAUCAUUAUUUUAGCGUUUAAAAAAACUUCUGUAUUAAUAAGUCUGUUACUAAUCUUUCAGUCUUGGUAAUAAAACGAAUCAUUUCCAACUAUUGAUCCCAUAGGUUGAAGGCGAAGAUGUUUAAAAGGCUCUAUUACGGUCCCCUGGAAGUAUAUAUAAUUUACCGUCUGUAGUAUCCUAAAGCUACUUGACGGGCUUUUUGGAGUAUAUCAAGAUAAAUUUGUUUAUCUCUUUCAAACGCAAUAGAAAAUUAGUGAAGUUGCUCUCGAGGGAAAAUUUAUUGGAAAGGAAUUUUUUUUUGUUGUUGACAGUACGAUAGCGUACGAAGUUUUUUUAGAGGAGAAUAGAAGAUUCGAAACAAAACUCUGAGAGAAAUUAGUGACAGUGGAAGUGUGUAGUUAGUUAAAUUAACAUCUGACUUGCACUUAGAAAAUAUUGAUUAUUCAAUUACCUUGAGAAAAUAUCCAAUUAAAAAAGUAUAAAGUUCAAGUAAAAGAUUAGAAAAAUUAUUUUCAUUUUAUAUUAAAUAAAUGUAUAUAAAAAUAAAAUGUAUAUAAAAGAAUGAUUGAAUUAUUGCUUUUGCUUUUUUUGGAUUUCACAUAAAGCAUUAGUUUUUACAAACAGGUAAUUCUGUUAACCGUUCAUGUCCCACAAAUACCGUCUGCUUACCGUUCAUGCCCACAAAUACCGCCUGCUAACCGUUCACGUCCCACAAAUACCGUCUACAAACCGUUCAUGUCCCACAAAUACCGUCUACAAAACCGCUGAUAAAAAAAAUUACGUGAGUUAUGAUAAUAAUGCUAAAAAUAAAGUAGUAUUGGAAGUUUAAGGAAGAGUUGGAAGCAAUUUUAGAGUACACUCGACUAACUGGCGUGGCUAUAUAUGAUUCCAAAAGCCUGGUUCUGUAAAAUCUUAAAUGUUAAAUGAUUUACAUAUAGUUAUACGAUUUAUAUAUAGUUGCAAUAUUUAUUCGAAAUUUUACAUCAAUUAAAUUGUUUUAUACAUUGACAAAAUUAAUAUAAAUAAUAAAAGACAGUGGAAUAAUUCGAAGAGGUGACGUAUCCAUUACUAAAGAAAGAAACAUUUAACGAUUCUGCUGACAUUGUUCAUUUAAUUUCAUUUAAUUUUUGUUUAGUUUCUUGAUAAGCAUAUUGGCAUAUAUUGCAGAACCCGCCGCUUAUUUGGUCCAUUGCGGCAACUUUACCUUCAAUGUUUUCCAUUGCUCAGAUCGAAAGCGUGCCACCCUUACUUACUUCACUUAACGUCAAUUUCUUACAACGCUCUUAUAUUGCUUAAUGUUUUUUCUUUUUUACCCUUUUAUUUUCAAAUUCCUUAUAACACUUGUUUUGAACCGCAGCUUAGUCCUCUUCGUUUCGUCGUCCAGUUGCAAAAACAAUCUUCACUAAGUAUUUGUUUUUGAUUACUUUUGCGCAAUUUUUAACAGAAUUGCGUGGAAAUUUGUCACGGUCUUAGCUAUAUCGGCAGAGCAUUUAUAUUUUCCUGACAAUAGGUCCCGUCGGUUGUCUAUCG